CUCGCUCUCUCUCCCCCGCUCUCUCUCGUUCAGCUGGUGUCGUCCGAUGCAACAGCGGCACCGUUAACAGUAGAGCCCCCCGCCCCUGUGCCAGUGGAGGUGCGCGCCCCCUCUCCUCCUCCCCCGCCAUUGCCCCCACCACCAGUGGAGAGGACGGGAGGCAUCGGGGACUCCAGACCCCCCUCCUUCCAUCCUAAUGCAGCAGGCAGUGUGGAGACGCUGGACGAUACGACGGAGACGGAGUCAGUGGUGUCCUUCAGGAGGGAGAGACCCAGACACAGAGAGGGCAUGGACCAGCAUGGGCCGCGGGUGAACGGUCAGACUCGUCUGGAGCGCCAUCUGGCGGGCUACGAGAGCGCUACUACAGUGAUGAGCAGCGAGCUGGAGACCACCAGCUUCUGCGACUCUGACGACGAUGACACAAUGAGCAGGUUCAGCAGCACAACAGAGCAGAGUACAGGCUCCCGGCUUCCCAAGCGGCACCGCAGACGCAGGAAACAGCGCCCCCCAAGGCUAGAGCGGGCGUCAUCCUUUAGCAGCAUGACUGACUCCACGAUGUCCCUGAAUAUCAUCACUGUCACACUCAACAUGGAGAAAUACAACUUCCUGGGAAUAAGCAUUGUGGGCCAGAGCAACGAGAGGGGCGACGGGGGCAUCUACAUCGGCUCCAUCAUGAAGGGCGGGGCCGUGGCUGCAGAUGGCAGGAUCGAGCCUGGAGACAUGCUUCUGCAGGUGAACGACAUUAACUUUGAGAACAUGAGCAAUGAUGAUGCCGUUCGGGUGCUGAGGGAGAUCGUACAUAAACCAGGGCCAAUUAUAUUGACCGUAGCUAAGUGCUGGGAUCCUUCACCUCAGGGAUAUUUCACUCUUCCACGCAAUGAACCAAUCCGCCCCAUAGACCCAGCGGCGUGGAUCAGUCAUUCAGCGGCCCUGACGGGGGCCUACAUCGCCUAUCCUGGCAGCUCCUCCCUCAGCACCAUUACCUCCAGCUCCUCUGUCACCGAGACUGAGCGCUUUGAUGAGUUUAACCUGUCUCUGCAUUCGGACAUGGCGUCGGUGGCCAAAGCCAUGGCCUCCCCGGAGUCGGGCCUGGAGGUGCGGGACCGCAUGUGGCUGAAGAUCACCAUCCCCAACGCCUUCCUGGGCUCAGACGUGGUGGAGUGGCUGUACCACCACAUCGAGGGCUACCAGGACAGGCGUGAGGCUCGUAAAUACGCAAGCAACCUGCUGAAAGCCGGCUUCAUCCGCCACACGGUCAACAAGAUCACCUUCUCUGAGCAGUGCUACUACAUCUUCGGAGACUUCAGUGACUGUGAAAACUACAUGGCCAACCUGACUCUGAAUGAUAACGACGGCUCCAGCGGGGCCUCGGACCAGGACACGCUGGCCCCUCUGCCCCUGCCCGGGGCCACGCCCUGGCCGCUGCUGCACUCCUUCCCCUACCAGCCCUACCCCCACCCCUACUCCAGCCAGCCGCCGCCCUACCACGAGCUCUCCAGCUACAGCUACACCCCCGGCAGCACCGGCAGCCAGCACAGUGAAGGGAGCCGUAGCAGCGGUUCGACACGCAGUGACGGUGAGCGGCGGCGUGGCGGCGGCGGCAGCACCAAGAGCGGGGCGGGAAGCGUAGUGGGGCGGGACGAGAAGUCCCCCGGUGGUGGUGGCGGCGACUCGCGCUCGGGCAGCGGCAGCGAGUCCGACUACUCCACCCACAGUAGCCUGCGGCGCGGCAAUCACGGCUCGCAGUCGGCACCCAGCGAGCACGGCAGCCACGUGAGCGGCCGCUCCUCCUCCUCCCUCCACCACCGAGGGCCGCCGCCUCCGCUUCCUCCGCACCCCCACGCUAACCACCACCCGCACAUGCCCUACCCGCCGGGCAUGCCGCUGCCCUACAACCCCAUGAUGCUCAUGAUGGUCCCUCAGCACCCCCACCAACACCCUGGCCUGGGAGGCCCGCACCCCGGGCAGCACCCGUCCGCCGGCAUGCUUCACCCAUCCAUGGGCCUACCCCCAUCCUCCACCCCCGGGGGUCCCCCCGGCGCGCCCCCAACCCGUGACCUGGCCUCCGUGCCCCCGGAGCUGACGGCCUCACGUCAGUCCUUUCACCUGGCCAUGGGCAACCCCAGCGAGUUCUUUGUGGACGUCAUGUAGCGUAGCGGAGUCGUGAUGCUAGUGUUGGGGGCAUUUUGUGCAUUAGUGUUCAUUUGUGUGUGUUUUGGGGGGGUAUGUGUAUGCUGGUAGGAACAGGGUUUUAAUCGUAGAUCAGAAGAAUUUUGUCUAUUGCAAAGACCAUGGACAUGACAUGGUGAGAAUACUGAAAAUACUGAUUUUUUUUUUUUUUUUUUGAAAAUGCAUUUAGUCCUGGUCUACACAGCACACAAUGAAAUGUACCUCUUAGCUAAUCUUUGUUUUGGGAAAACGGUGGGUAAAAAAAGAACAAGGCCAAAUUGUGAAAUCUCUUCUGGUUAGCUGCCCUCUACCUAAAAGUUCAAACGAACCGCAUGUGUUGUUCAUGAGAGUGGUAGAAUGAGAGAGAACAUGCCAGAGUAGAGAUCUCUCCGAUCAGUCUAAGUUCCUUUCAUCCCUGUCCAUGAAAAACUUUUGUUUAAGUACAGUGCAGCUGAACAAUCAAAGGAUCAAGUCCCAGGAUCCAAGUCUCUGGUCUGACCGUGCGACAUGGGUGUUGUAGCAGUUGCGUUUUUUUUUUUUUUUUCUGAGCGUGAGUGCGCACUGAAACUAAAUGUAAACAUCCUCAGGCUAACCAGAAGAUCAGUGGUGGUCCUUUAACCCCCAGAUGACUGGUUGAGUGGGACCCCGUUGAACAAAAACACUGCAGUAACAGUACGGGUUACGUCCUGCGCUAGUUCAAAGGUCAGCAGUAAACAAGAAAUAUCCUUAAUGUUUUAUGUUGCCAUCUGGAAGAAGUGGCAGUGUGAAAUGUCGUACACCAUCUGGGUUUAAAAAUCCACACAGGCAUGGUGCAUUCCAUGAAUAUCAGUUACAUACCACAUCAAGCUGAAGUUUCUCAAACUUGGUGCCAUGAAAUUAUGAAGGAUUGGUCUUCCCGUGUAUGUGUGUAUAUAAUUACAGUGUAUGUUUAUCAUGACAAGAUGCUGUAGUUCAGUAUAGUGUUGUUUAAUGUGAAAUCUUUGGGGAACAUGGUUGCCUAUUUUGGCCAACUAGGCACAAUUCGGUGUCUCUCAGAAAGGCAGUUUUUAGAUUGUGGUACGAGUGAGGGGUACUUAUCGAUAAACCAAAUUUAAGACAGGGUACUUUUGGGGGAUGGAAUGUUUCAAAUAUAAUUGUGUCUCCCUCAUUUUCAAGAUAAAAAAAAAAUAGUGACAUUUUUGUACAAAUAUUUUCGUAUGUAAUCAAAAAAAUGGUACCAAAUGUUUAUCAUGACACUUUUUUUUUUACACUUUUUUGUUUUCAAAUAAAUGUAUAAUAGACUGAAA